AUGCGACCCUUAGUACUCUCCCUGGGCCUCGUUGGCCUCAUCGGCCCCGCGAUGGCCGUCGCCCCCCUCGUGGACCUAGGAUACACGCGCCUCCAAGGCGUGAGCCAACAGAGCGGCGUAACGCAAUGGCUAGGCGUCAGGUACGCCGCGCCGCCAGUGGGUGAGCUGAGGUUUUCCGCGCCGAUAGAUCCGCCCGCGACUGAGCAGGUUGUCGACGCGACGCAGUUCAAACCGAUCUGCCUCCCGAGGAGCCCCAAUGACUUUACGAUGCAACCGAACCGUCGCUUCACCGUGUCGGAAGAUUGCCUUUACCUCAACAUCUUCGCUCCCACGGCAGCCACCACGGAGAGCCCCGUGCCCGUGAUGUAUUUCAUACCGGGCGGCGGGUUCGAGUCGAAUUCGAACGCAAACUUUAACGGGAGCGCGCUGGCCAGGUUUGGAGAUAUUGUGGUUGUGCAGGUGAAUUACCGGGUUGGGCCCUUUGGGUUCUUGCAGUCUGAAGAGGUCAAGGAAAGAGGGAGCUUGAAUAACGGGUUGAAGGAUUUGAUCCAAGGGUUAAAGUGGCUUCAGGCUCACAUAUCCGGGUUCGGCGGGAAUCCCGACCAGGUCGUAAUGGCAGGCGACUCGGCCGGCGCCACAUCCAUCGCCCUUCUCCUCUCCGCCUUCGCAGACAACGACCCAAACCUCUUCAAAGGCGUUAUAAUGGAAUCCGUCUCCCUCGCCACCGUCCGCUCCAUGUCCCAAGGCCAAGAACAAUACACCUGCCUCGUCUCGGCAGCCGGUUGCUUCUCAUCCGCCGACACCUUCGCGUGUCUCCGCUCUGUCAAUGCCUCGGCACUCCAGACCCAAAACUGCCAGUUCAACCCGCACCUCGACGACGAUCUCGUUCCGGCACCUAUGCUGGACCGGUUCGCCGAGGGGAAAUACCUCCGCGUGCCCACGAUCGCGGGAUCCUGUACCGACGAGGGCACGAAGGGCGUUCCGAGGGACACGGACACCGUCGAGGCGGCGCUCAAGUUUGUCAAUGACCAGGCUUCCGGCGCGCUGAGUGACGACUCGCUCGCGCUCAUUCGCGAAACGUACAUCGACGUCGAGCAGCCCGUUUUCAACAAUUCGGGAAGACUAUGGAGACAGCUGGCGAAUGCUCAUGGAGACUUCCGCGCGCACUGCGUUACGGCUAAGCUCCAAGAUGCGCAGGCCCGCGACGGCGUCUUGACGUGGAAUUAUCGGUACGGCGUCCUCGACGAGGAGCAGGAAGAGCUCGGCUUCGGGGCCUACCACACCGUCGAGCUCAACGGCGUGUUCGGACCGAACAACACGGACGGAGCCCCGCCGAAGAGCUAUUCCACGUCCAAUGCGCCAAUCGUUCCCGUUACCAUGGCCUACUGGGCCAAGUUCGUCCGAUCGCUCGAUCCCAACGCUGAAACAGCAGAUUUCGUGACGCAAGUAGAGAGGGCUGACAUGCCCACGUGGAUGCCCUGGACCACGGACGCGAAGCAGCGCCUGCUCUUCCAGACGGGGAAUACGAAGAUGGAGGAGAUGCCACGCACGCAGCAGGACAACUGCGCGAUCCUCGAUGCUAUGCUGCCCGCUAUCGAAACGCCAUCGGAAGCGAAGGGCGCUGUGCAGCUCAGGCAGGUUACUGAUGCUGCCGGUGCUAGCGAGGGCGGUGAUAAUUUGCCGGUGCAGAGUGGUGGCGUGGUCGCGAUGGGAAGGCAGUUUCCGGGCGUGACCCAGGUUGUCGGAACGUGCCUUGCGGUUCUGUUUUUAGUGUAG